AACCAUCCCGACCGCCACGCAGCCGUCGACGACGAGUGACGACUGAGUCCUCCGAUUAUUAUCUCAUUUGCCGCCACGACCAGCAGCACGCGUCCGCACCAUUGCACGGCGCGCUCUCCGCCGUACGGAUCCAUAGAUCGUCACCCCCGGGCGACCGGUGGAUCGUCGUCCGGGAAGCGGCACCAAUAUCGAGGAACCCAUCGGACAUCGCGUGUGCAGCCGCCAAAAUGACGACGACCACGGGCGACCCGUCGACCCUGAAGACUCCGGCCUCUCUCUCGAGCGGGGAUCUCGUCUCCCGUCUGCUGGCAGCCACUCCACCUUACUUGUACAACGUGCCGUUGACGCCUCACAGCUUCUUCUUCAGCGAGAUGCUGCGCUCCUUCGUGCAGGCCAAGACGGAAGCGUCGGCAGCCGGUAGUGGUAACGGUAGCGGCGGAGCGUCGAGUGCGCCGCGACGCCGCAAGCGAUCCUGGCGAGAUGCCCGGGACCGACCGCUGGAGCUCACGAUGAAGGAACGUCCGCAUCACCAUCAGCAUCACCAUCAUCACCAUCAUCACCAGCAUCCGGACAAGUACUAUCAUUCUGCGGCGCAGCAGCAGCAGCAGUCGCUUCCUCAAGUUGCGGUGGAGACGCGUCUGGAGAACGACGGCAAGCGCGCCGACGGCUACCAUCCGGACGCGGAGAGCAAGGCCGGCACGUACGAGCAGAAGCCCGACUUUGGCGGCGACAUCCUCAAGCCCGUCGACGAGAACAAGAUGGAGUUCCCGCGACAACACGGCAAGAGCUUCUUCGACGAGCGACCUCGGCACUUUGAGCAAGCUCAGCCACCGGAGAACGGCGUUGUCUUCCCCGGCGUUGUCGCCGGCGACGCACCGCGGAAGAUCAAGCCGGAGGACUCGCAGCAGCCGCAGGAUCGCGGCCGGAGUUGUAACUUUGACGGCGGCAGAGCUGGUUACGUGGAACGCGCGAAGGGCGAGAUCGUCGCGGCCGGCCAGGAGGCGCCGCCGCCGACGACGUUGCAGCUGGCGGAGAAGAAGUUGGAUUUUGCACGUGGUCCUUACCUUCCCGGCUUGCCGGGCAGGGGCUGCGAGGUGCUGCAAGGUGUGAAGGGCUUCACCCUGCCUGGCGGGGUGUCCAAUCCGGCGGAAUUCUUGCCCAGUCCGCUGUGGUACCCGCCGUAUCCGAUGCCACAGUCGUACCCGGGGAUCGAUCCGCUGCAUUUUUUCAUAGACCUACGCGUCUCCGGUCACAUCUGGGACCGCAAGCACGCGAACGAGCGGCAGUUGCCUUUCAAGAGCAAGCACUGCUCGGCGUUCAGCGUGCCGCAGUCCAAGGAGUACAGCAAUCGGCCGUUGAAUCUCACUCGCGACGAGGCCACGACGUCGAAGGACGCGGAGAACACGCGCGGCACCAAUUACAUCCUGAAGCAUCUCACGAAGACCUACCAGGACAUACAGCAGACGGCGAGGACGGACAGCUCGUCGGCUGAGAACGAGGAGAACUCGAAGGAGCAUCAAGCUGGCGAAGAUACCGCGAAGGUAGAAGACGCCGGCAGUACGGUAAUGAAUCCCGAAGACGAGAGGAAGGAUUUACGGGCGCUGAUCGGCCUCGAAUUGGUGGUGGACUACGUGAAGGAACCGAAGGGCGAUCCACCGGCUGAGCGUGCGUCGCCAGUGACGGAAUAACUUACCUGCGGCAAACGAGACAUCCCCAAGAGGGAUGCCGAACGGUCUUUCCACUUUUAAUCGCUAAAAUAGUCGUAGCGUCGUUAUUUGCAUUCUCUCGUGUAACACCUCUGAAAAACCGCACUCUCCGCAUUCUUCGCCGUAACGUAGCACCUCCGACAUGACAAAAUUCAUCGGAUCGUGCAUAAAGUCGCAUCUCUCGUUCUUUAGGGUGCGAUGUGCGAUCCCCGUACGACGAUUACAGACAUUCGCUGCUCUUCGGGCAUUGUUUUCGUAGAAAUUUCUUUUCUCCUCUUGAAGAUUUUUCAUGUACCUCUGAUGAAGGUUUAUAUCGAUACUUAUUACGAACAUCUGUAAAAUUUCAUUACGCUUCUGCAUCUUCAACACUUGAACGUUCGAUUGUAGUCUUAGCAGAACUGUUUUCACAGACUCGAUUCCACGCAUUAAAAGCUCUGACCCACCAGAGAGAAGGGAAGUUAUAAAUUAUUUUUUAGCGAGAAUUUUAAGGGGGUCACGGAGACCCCGUCGGAGUGAAGCGACUCCGAUCCGAAUUCGACAUGUGAUACGCACUGUAAAUAUUAUAAUAGCAUUCCAAUGUAUCUAUAUGUAUUGAUACAAUAUUCGUUGUUGUAAAUUGAACAUAAUAAAAGCUAUUAUGCGAUUUAACUG